UCGCCACCAUUAAUUCUCAAAAAUACAAAUAAAAAAAAGUAUCGUGCUCAAGCUCAAACGAGGCAAAGCACGCAUAAAAUUUGUAGGUAGAAAUGCUCGGUGGUGGCAGUAACAGUGAUGGUAAUGUGUUUUGGGGCCGGAGAGAUCUGGCGUUUCGUGGAAUUGUUGUGUUUUUCGCUUGGGUUUCAGUUCAUGACAACCCGCUAAGAAGUUUUGUCGAUUUGUACUCCUCUCUUGGCUGGAAUUCCCUCGUCUCUCGUUCCCAUUUCCUCGACGUAUUUUAUCCUGAAAGGGCUACAUCCAUAGCAUUUGUUCUUGUCAAUGAACUUGUGGAGGAGCUGAGGAUUAAACCAUGUCCUGUAGUUUUCGUGGCUUUUUCUGGUGGUCCGAAAGCUUGCAUGUACAAGGCUUUUCAGAUUAUUCUGGAAACAUGUGAUGGUCAUCUUACUGCGGAUGAAAGUCGAUUGGUCAGACAUUGCCUUGCUGGGCACAUCUACGAUUCUGGUCCCAUAGAUUUUACUAGUGAUUUUUGUGCUCGAUUUGGUCUCCACCCCACCAUUCAGAAGAUUCCUGGAUCGUUAAAGAUUGUAUCUUGGUUUGCAAAAGGGGUUGCUUCUGGUUUAGAUGGUUUAUGUCUUACUAGGUUCGAGUCUCAACGUGCAGAAUAUUGGCAUGCUUUGUACUCCUCUGUUGACCUGGCGGCUCCAUUUCUUAUUUUAUGCUCAGAGAAUGAUGACUAUGCACCACCACAAGUUAUCUUUAAUUUCACUCAACGUAUACAAGAACUUGGGGGUGAUGUUGAGCUUGUGACAUGGAAUGGAUCCCCUCACCUAGGUCAUUACAAGCAUUACCCUAUCCAAUACAGGGCUGCUGUAACCAUUCUGCUUGAGAAGGCUAUGUCUGUUUAUUCCCAAAGAGUCCGACAACUUGGGGAAAGAUCUGGCAUAGAGGGUAUGCAUGAUGAGAUAUCUGAGUUAAUUUGUGACCUGCAGAAAGUAGCAGUUAACUCAAACCAAAGCCUAAGAAGAGUAGCAGUUGGGCCAAGUGAUCACUUCUUUUUGCCAAGUUCAGCAGAGCAUCUCAAUGGUCAAGGCUCUCGGUCUUUACAGGAUGAACGUAAUGAAAAAUCAGUCUACAUGCCUUCCCCCCCAAGAAUCAAUGCACACAGUGUUCUUGGCCAAGUCCUCUUUGAUGUUUGUGUUCCCAAGAAUGUUGAAGGCUGGGAUAUUAAAUUUUCCAGCUCUGCAAACCGGCUGCCAUUUGCCUCUUCUCAUAGAAAUUUACCUUUCCCUGGUAUCAAAUGCAACCGUCGCUCAAAAUUAUAGUAUCUUAAAGAUUACACUGGAGGAACUCUGCAGUUGGUUUUCUUUGGCUUGUUCAGAAGCUCCUAGAGAUUUUUUUAUGUAAAGCUAAUAAAUCUCUACAAGAUAUCGUUGAGGUUUCCAGACAUUUUGGAAGACUACUUGGUCAAUCAUCGGUUACCCUUCUUUGGGUUGUGGGCUAAAUCCUCCAGCAUGAAGUGUACAUAUAUAAUAGCGCAAGGAAGAUCACGGUAUAUUUAGAAUGAAGUACCGUUUAAGACCGAUCUAUAAUUGUAUGUCUGCUGAGCUGCAGGAUGCCAGUUAAUAAAAUCUUCUUGUGUUAUUAUAUAUCACCCAGAAUCAGCCGGAUCACCAAACUUGUGCUAUAUGGUGUGCGAAUGGUAUCAGAAGUUGAGGAGCAGAUGUAAAUUGUGAAAUAGUUCUGUACAAAGAUCUUUUUUGUAUGUUGGAAAGCCAAUCAGUAAACUGUGUGUACGAUGUUAAUGUAUGAGCAAGAGGCUGGAGUUCGAAAUUA